GCGCGUACGAUGGAACGGGUCUUACGUCACGACUUUUUCGUGUAGCUCUUUGGCUACAAAGUAGAGCCGACUCCGUGCUAGGCUGACGCCACUUGUCUUGUCGUGUGUGAUUUGUACAUUAUUUUUUAUCUUAGCGCGAAUGACAGUCCGCCAAACUACUGGACGCAGUUCAUGCCGAGCAGACCGUCGGAAAGCGGACUCGAUGGAAGUCGUGGACAGCCCGCUGAACCUGACCCAUCAGCAGUGCAGGAAGGCCGAGCGUUUGGUCGCUGCUAGAAAGUAUGAGGAGGCCGUCUCCUGCCAUGGGACAGCAGCAGGUAUGCUUUAUGAGCCCAUGUGUUUAAAUGAUUGUGGUUUCAUGUGUGUGUGGUUCCUGCAGGCCCGUCUGUCCAUGGAGCUGCAGCGAGACAGCCACAUCAAGCAGCAGCAGCUGAUCCAAGAGCGCUGGAGGAGAGAAGCUCGCCGUGAGGCGACCAAGGCCCGCCCCCGCCCGGUGCAUCCUCUAGGUGUGCCGGGGAUCUCUGUGGAAACUCAGCACCCAGACCGCGCUCACGGCCUGAGCGCCGCAGAGGAGAGGGAAUACGACACCUUACUUUAUCAGUUCCAGGUCCGGCAGACUCGGAGCUGCCAGCCUUCCACUCCGCCCUGCUCCGGAUCAAAAACCACCAAAGACGACAAAACCCGCCUGGAGGAGCAGCAGACCACCAUCGAGGACCUGCGGCGCCUGGUGGACCACCUGAUGAACGAGAACCAGCGCCUGUCGGGCGAGAACGAGCGUCUGCGUUUGGAAAACGCACGGCUGCAUUCAGAGGCGGCGGACUUCGUGGAGCGCUCGGAGCUCUGGGUGCUCCCUCAGGCGGGGAGCGUCAUGGGAACAGGAAGUGGGCAGGAGAGGAAGAGUACUGGGAAAAGCAAGGAGAUUGCAAUCCCUCCGCUGCCCCCCCUGGAGAUGCCAGCUCAGGAAGAUCUGUGUCUGGAUGACCUGCCCCCCCUGGAGCUGCCGGAGGACAUCAAAAACGAGCUGCAGGAGCUGCUGGAUAGAGACAAACCGUGAUGGAACC